AUGGUAAUCCCAUUACUAAUUUUAAAUGUUUUGGCUUCAAUUUCAAACUAUCCAACACCAGAAAAUGAACAUUUAACAAAUUACGAACUAGCAAAAACACUAGAAUUGGAUAAUUAUACAAUUGAAAAUUAUGUUACUAAUGAUCUAUCAAUUUUCACGUCGAAUUCUCUUUCAGCAUUAACAAUAAUUAAUUAUAUAAUAAUUAUUUUUUGUGGAAUAAGUAUUCAAAUACAUGUUUAUCGUCAUUGUAAAGGUGUAGAAAUGACUCAAUUACGUAAUAUGAAUAAACAAAUGAGUAUUGUUUUGGGGGCACAGGCGAUUCUACCUUUAAUAACCUAUAUCACCACUUUAUUCUCCAAUCUAAAUUUUUUAUUUAAUUUGCCUGGUUUAUAUUCAUCAUCUAUUUUUAUAUUUUUUAGUUGUGGUUUGGCAUCUUUGGUUGCUGUUUUAAAUCCUAUUGUAACAAUUUUGAGUGUAAGAAAUUACAGACAAAUAAUUUUUCGAUGCAAAAAUAAUUCAAAUAUUAAUCAAGUUGCUCCAAUGCCAGAAACUUCAAUGCCGGAUAGAACUAUACAAUAUAUUAAAUAA